AUGCCCCGCGCCGAGUGCACUCGCAGUGACAACGGGCUAGUGGACACAGAUCCAGGUCGAGUUAACAGCAUGACAGCCAUCAACUCGGGUCCGGUCGGGGAAGUGGGCGGCGUCAGGCUGCCGUUGCAGUCAUUACAUGGGUACGGAUCUGUGUUCAUGUACUCGGCGUCGACGAGUCCCGGGGGUGGAGGUGGUCAGGGUGGCGGAGGCGGAGGUGAAGUGACCCUCCGCCUCCGCGAACCCGAGGACAUUCCCGAAGAAGUUCUUGCACGCCUCGAGGACACAGCCACCCUCUCCAUCUCUCUUCAAGGCGACGCAGUGUUGAGGCUGGGGGCGGCUGGUACAGGAAACGGGAAUUUAGAGCUGUUCGAUAGUGAGAGUGGGCCGGACCUCACACUAUCACCUCAGACCUUCACGUCGACGGCGGAGGCCUUCAUCAAUGACAAUAGUGAUAGCCUUGGUGUUCCAGGAGACAACGAUACGGGUAGCAGUGAAGAGUCGAGACCUGGUGGCGGGGAUCCUGGAAAGUUGGGAGUGAAGAAACCAAGACCGAAGGCUUCGUCGCCCAACCGACAGGGACCACAGCAAUGCCAGGUCUGCGGGAAGGUGUUCAACAACGCAUCGGCGCUCACGAAGCACAAGCUGACGCACAGCGACGAGAGGAAAUACGUGUGCACGAUGUGCGGCAAGGCGUUCAAGCGGCAGGACCACUUGAAUGGACACAUGCUAACGCAUCGAAACAAGAAGCCAUACGAAUGCAAGGCGGAAGGUUGUGGCAAGUCGUAUUGUGACGCGAGGAGUCUGAGGAGGCAUACGGAGAAUCAUCAUGCCGGUAGCAAGGUGAACGAAAGCGUUAGUCCAAGCAGUCCCACCACCGGUCCACAUACACCAAAUACACCAGGAAGCAAUCCCAGCACGCCCAGCACGCCAGGUGCCACGUCGACACCAAAUGGCCACGGACAUCCGGCCCUGAAGCAAUUGCUCGCCACUGAACCCACACAGACGCAACAGCAGAAGAGUGCCACGUCUCCUGGUGCAAGCAACGAUGGCCUCACGAAACAGCAACUGGAGCUCAUUCAGCAGAUUAUGCAACAAACGCAACAGCAGCAGCAGCAACAACAGCAACAAACAUCCGCGCAACAGCCACAGCAACAACGCAGCAAUUCGUCAACCACAGUCACAGCACAGAUUCAAAAAACGCAAAAACCGUCCGUCAAAUCCACAACCUCGUCUGGCAACGUUUCGAAUAAUUCUGGAAGUUCGAAUGCAACAAACAACGCAAGAUCCAGCCCGAAACCUAAAGUCUGGAGUCACCAUCAUCAGUAUCAGCAUCAGCAUCAGAUGCAUGUGGAACAGCAAUACCCGCAGCAGCAGCAGCAGCAACACCACCACCAGCACCCCCAACAGCAACAGCAGCCGCAGCAGCAACACCAGCAGCAACAACCGCAAGCUAACUCGCCAGGAGGCGGAAACGUGGGGAAAAGCAGUCCUUCGCCGGGAAAUUCGGCAUCCCCUGGCACCGUGACGGCAACCAACAAGUCGCAGACCGAGCCAAAACCGGUCGAGUGCAAUUUGUGCCAUCGGAAAUUCAAAAAUAUACCGGCUCUCAAUGGUCACAUGAGACUCCAUGGCGGUUACUUCAAAAAGGAUGCUGAGAACAAGAAAAGCGAGAAGAAAGAGGUCGUGGGGCCGCCCUUGCAAACCGCAUCCGUCAGUGUGAGAGCACUCAUCGAGGAGAAAAUUAUACAGAAAAGAACAACUGCAGCUGACACGAACACAAAUCAGCAGGCUCGCACAAACGCGACAGUUUUCACCACACAAGCUGACAGUGCGUCGCAGAUUUCCGGUAAAACGAGCUUCGCGGUACCAGCCCCGCCGCCGUUGGCCUCCGCGGAGAAGGUUCGCAGACUUUCAGAUAGCGAGCACUUCCGGCAGCCCAAUGUCACCGUUUCCGGACACGCGACCGUACAGAAGCAGCUGCAGGAAGCGCAGACACAGGCUCAGGCGCAGGCGCUGGCCGACAUGAUCUUGAAGGGCACGACCAAAAUGGCUGUGAAGAGAACAACAUCCGAUCCCGGGCAAAGAUUGCAUCUGACGUAUCAAACGUCUGUUCAAUCGACGACCAAUCAACAGCAACAGCAGCAGCAACAACAACAACAGCAGCAGCAGCAGCAGCAGCAGCAACAACAAAAUAAUCAGCCUCAAGCACAGCCCGCAGUUACAGACAGCUUCUCGAUGACAGGUUAUUCAGAAGACGGUGGCUACUUCAGCCCGAGUCUUCAGGAUGAAGUGUUCCAGCAAGUCACCGCAGUUCCUGACAGCGUUCUGCUUCAUGCUACUCAAUUGGAUUCUCUUCAGUUUCAGACGGCCAGCCUGCUGCAAGAACAGCCCGCCGAGCAGCUGCAGGACAUCACGUUGGAGGAUCGAUAUCCAUCUCAGCACACGGUGAAUCCAGACCUUCAAGCAUUGGUGAAUUCGCCAUUGCCGGACUCGUUAGCCGAGUUCAGUACCUACGGUGCGCAAUACACGGAGAGUCCUCACACAUUGCCAACGCAGUCACCGUUACCGUCGCCUCUAACCAGACACGACAGUCCAAGUUUCACAUAUCCAACGCCUCCAGCAAGUCAAGAGGGUCUGCUAACCGGGAGUUUUCCUCUGUUGAGCCCGCAAGAGGACCCAGAAAGUGUGAGACAAGUCUCGUCCCCGUUAUCCGCCGCUUUCUACGCCACCACGAUGUCCUCCGCGGCGGCUGUCGAAGAAGCUCUCAGCGAAGUGUUGCCAGGCGAAUCCGAAGGAGACGCGGACCUGUACGGGUCCGGUUCGCCGAAUCCGCACUCGCCGUUGCCAAGCCCGUUGUCAGCGACCCCUGCACCGUCGCCCUUGUCCUCGUUGCCGCCGUCUUCCGUGUCGUCGCCGGGGCCAGUGUCGUUCACAGGCACCAGCUUUCCCGUGUCACCGCAUCACGCACUCCAGAGCCAGAUGAUGCCCAACUCCGAGGAUCCUCUGCUCUCCUCGACGCCUAAGGACUUCACCACGGCCAGUCGUAGGCGAUUCGAAUUCCAGUCCUACAAGUUCAUCACCAGCCAGAACUUGGUGGACUUUGGUCUGGGAAACGGUAGCCUUGCCGGUAUCGUGGUGGACAAUAACGGCGAGUUCAAGCUGAUCCAGACCGCGGGACUGCAGAAGACGAACGUGCUAGUGCAAACAGGCGCUCUGAGUCCAGCGUUGACCUUCAAGAAGGAGGUGCGACUGACUACACCUAAGAUGGAGCCGGUCACGGUGAACCUCGGCCUAAACGUGCAGACCAACCAUCAGUACAACGCUGGUCAGUUCAAUCAGCAGCAAGUGGUGAACCCUACCAAGUUUCUCAUACAGACGAACGUCGCUAAGAACAACACGAUGAGGCAGAAAACGCCUAGCGGAAAUCUGCCGAUUCCCGUGGAACAGAUCAAGGAAGAACUGCUCGACGAAGACGUGUUUCUCAAUCCCAGUAACGUGCCAACCGGCAGUCCUGUCAGACAGUGUAGAAAGAGGCCGCGUAUGGACGGAGGUUUGUACGCUAACGCGUCGCACUCGUAUCCGUCGAGAUUGAGGAAAGCUUGCGACCGACAUUGGGACAGCAGCUACACGCCACCUCCGAUUUUGGAUCCUUCCCGACCUGGGCCGGGUUUGUACGCGAGGCUGCAUCAGUACGAGAGAGACUCCGACUUCAGCUCGGACGAUUCGCAAGGAAACGACGGACCUCCGCCUAGGAUCAACAUUGGAACGAGGUACCAGGCGACGAUACCACCGGUUGGCAGCGACGGGGACCGAGGAAAAGGCGAACCCGAGGCUGAUCAUUUGCUCUGGGAUCCGGGUAUUAAUAACGUGCUGACGGACAAUGAACUGGAGAUGUAUCUGCAAUUUGCAUGCUGCGCUGCGGUACCAGGUGGAGGAAGGAACAAAGAGUACGCGCUUCAUCUGCUGCACAUGUGCAGGGGAAAUAUUCAUGAGGCGAUGCUGAAGCUGAUGAGACCAACACCGCCAUUGCCAGCGGAACAUCCGUUGCUCAGCUACGAGUGCCAUGAGUCCGACCGGUGGACGUCGCAGGAAAUGGACGCAUUCUAUCAGGGUCUCUUGAAGUACAAUAAAGACUUCUCUGCGAUCUCGCGAGACGUUGGUGGCAAGUCCGCGAAACAAUGCGUGCAAUUCUAUUACCUGUGGAAGAGGCUCCGCCCGGACGAAUACAAGAGACUGCGUGUUCGCCACGGUAAACCAAAGAUAAAGACAGAGAGCAAGGAUUGCAAAGACACCAGGGAGCUUCGAGACGCCAUCGCCUCCGUCACGGAGAUGGACUUUAGCGAGGACAAAUCGAUUCUCCAUCGCACUCUGUUACAGACAAACGAGAGAGAGAACUCGGCUACUCUGACCACCAGCGACGGAGAGCUGAGAUUGUUCGCAUACGACUGCCCCGAUAGCUUUAGCGGAAGUGUAACAGUAACGAUGGCCGGGAGCACCCAAACCGCCCAAACCGGCAAUACCGGCCACGCCACAGUCAACACCAACUCACAAACUCACACUAGUUCUGAGCAACAACUACCCGUGCCCACCCCACUUCACUACCCCUGCAAGAUUUGCGGGAAAGUUUUCAACAAAGUGAAAAGCAGAAGCGCGCACAUGAAAUCCCACAGGCCGGCGCCCUCGCCCGAUUCAACGGGUCAGGAAUCUAAGAGGCCUGUCCAGCAACAAUCGAAGGCGCAACAAUCCCAACAACCCGGCCAGCAACAGCGUCAGCAACAGCAGCCGCAGCAACAGCAGUCGCAGCAGCAACAACCGCAGCAGCAGCAACAAGCGAGCAACGUUUCACCGCAGACCCAAGACUUCAAUCAGCAGCAACUGCCUCCCAGCAACGGCGACACCGGCGCUCAGAAUCCAGCGCAUUUAUGGCACAACCCAACGCGGCUCAGGCCACCAUAGGAC